AUGUCUACUACUGUCCCUAAGUUACUGUUCCUACAAGGUUUCCUUCAAAAUGCUAAAGUCUUCUCUGAAAAAUCCUCAGGUAUUAGAAAGCUUUUAAAGAAGGCUAAUAUUCAAUGUGACUACAUUGAUGCACCAGUUAUGCUUGAAAAGAAAGAUCUUCCAUUUGUCAUGGAUGAUGAGAAAUGGCAAGCUACUUUGGAUGCUGAUGUUAACAGAGCAUGGUUCUACCAUAGUGAAAUCUCCCAUGAGUUAGACCUAACGGAAGCAAUUGAUUAUGUUGUUAAAUAUAUUAAAGAGAAUGGACCAUACGAUGGUAUUGUAGGAUUCUCUCAAGGUGCUGCACUUUCUACUAUUUUGACCAACAAGAUCACUACAUUAAUUCCAGAACACCCAGAAUUUAAAGUCAGUUUGAUCAUCUCUGGUUACUCUUUCACUGAAGAAGAUCCAGAACAUACAGGUGAAUUGAGAAUAACUAAAAAAUUCCAAGAUUCUUUUACUCCAAAGAGGGACAGCAAGACUAAAUUAAUCUUCAUUUAUGGUGAAUCCGAUCAAGCUGUUCCUUGUGUUAGAACAAAAUAUUUGAUUGAUCUUUACAAGAAAGCUGGUGUAAGUGAUGACUCCAUCAGUGUUUUCCCACAUCCAGGUGGUCAUAUGGUUCCUAACAAGAAGGAUAUUAUUAGACCAAUUGUUGAAAUAAUUGAAAAGUCACUUAAGGAUUAA